AACAGCCGAUUAAAACCGUUCAGAAUGAGUGGAAGAGGCAAAACCGGUGGUAAGGCCAGAGCCAAGGCUAAGACCCGCUCCUCCAGGGCAGGACUUCAGUUCCCCGUCGGUCGUGUUCACAGACUCCUCCGCAAAGGGAACUACGCCGAGCGCGUCGGUGCCGGUGCUCCGGUGUAUCUGGCCGCUGUGCUCGAGUACCUGACUGCUGAGAUCCUGGAGCUGGCUGGAAACGCCGCUCGGGACAACAAGAAGACCCGUAUCAUCCCCCGUCAUCUGCAGCUGGCGGUGCGCAACGACGAGGAGCUCAACAAACUCUUGGGCGGAGUGACCAUCGCUCAGGGCGGCGUGCUGCCCAACAUCCAGGCCGUGCUGCUGCCCAAGAAGACCGAGAAGCCCGCAAAGACCAAAUAA